AAUAAAAUACAGCUUAUAUCAUUAAUGUUUCACCAACCAGUCCACUAGUUCAUGCCAGGGUGGUGAAAUUCAUAAUUCAAUACGGUAUUGAGCAUUUCUAUUGAUUAUGCUCAAGAGUACAUUCUAUGUAUGGUAUUUGCUUUUAUUUUUUUAAAUUUCAAAUUUAUAAUUCACAAAUCCAAUCGACGUUGAUCGCAUUGGCAGUAAUCUAAACUAAAUAUUACACAACGAUUCAUUGCUCUUUGUGUGUAAAAAAUAUGGCUUAGUUAUAUCCAGUUCCACUUUAAUCAUCGCUUAUCAGCUUCUGGUACGUAUAAAAAACACAAAAUGUGUUACUUUUGUAGCUAUUCAGUUGUGACCUUUUUUACACUAUCAAAUCCAAAUGGAAUCUGUCUCAGCCCUUUUACUACUUACCUUUUUGGCGGUAGCAGUGAUGGCGGACGAUGCCGAUCAUAAGUGCGGUACCAAUGAGGUGUGGCAGGAAUGCGGAUCCGGAUGUCCGCGGUACUGUUUUGAACUAGACGAUCAAGCGUGUAAUUCCGCUUGCAAGGCUGGUUGUUUCUGUAAUGAAGGAUACGUUCGUUUGAAUAAGGAUGGUGGGGACUGCGUUCGUACUGAGUUGUGUGCAUUUAGCUGCAGGGACGAUCCUCCCGUCGUUUAACUUAAAGCGACAGUGCAGACAUUGAUUUACGAUCAACCUCCAAUUAUAAUUGAUGCUCCUGUACGGUAGUAUUCAGUAAUGCUAUUUAGUAAAGAUGACAUGAACUCUCAACAAAGAUGAAGCAUUGAACUCAUCUUCUCUUGUGGUGUAACUACUAUUUACGCCAUCACUGUGGUCUGUAAAAGCUUCCUGAUUUCAUUAGAUAUUACCCAUCCAGAAAGUCAGAUUCUGCAAACGACCACAUCCGUCUUUUGCGGGCCCAAUGCAACUAUAUUAUAAACCAGCGAUAAGCGAAACCUAGGUUAAACUAUUUCCAGUUUUAUUAUGUUUAUUCUCGUUGCUCACACUCACACGUUGCUAUAAAUGUCCGUGUUAAAUGGACGCGAUUUAAAACUGGGAAUUGAUCAUGACUGUUUUCUCUUAUUUUAAUUCUAAUAAUCACUGGCUAGCCCGGUUAACCUGUUUUAAUAGGGCACGAGAGCUGGUAUCCAAAUAAACGCUGGGGCGAUUGUGCCUAUUCAUGUCAACCUUAUUGCUUCGAGCCAAUGUUCUCACUUUGU